UGAAAAAUGGAAUGACCCACUGGAGCACCCGUCCUCGGUUUUUCCGGAAGGUGACGUCAAAGCUUUUCCACGGCUUGCUCCGCCCCCUCUGGCGGGUUCUUACUGUCAAUCACGUAACGUCAUCAGGAUGGUGACUGCUGAUUGGCUCUCUUAAGCAAAAUUGUCCCCUCAUUGGCAACCAAGAUGGCGGGGGCUGUUUUUGUCCUGUGAAUUAGGCCGUCGAGCGCCGCCGUGCGGUUGCGUCGCACUCAGGCUUCCUAUACUACCUUAGGACUGGCAUGUGGCCUGUGUGAGUUUCGGCGGAGACCGAGAUAAAUGUGGCCUGUGCUCGCCGCGCACUGAUAUACGGGAGGCAGCGGCCCUGAGUAGACGCACGGGGCGGCCUGGACGGGCUGUCACAGCUGUUUGAAAGAAAAAUGAAGAACAAGAGUUUGUGCUCCUUAAACAAAAAUGACCAACAGGAAGAAAAGGAUGGUGAAGAAAAUAAUGAUGGUAGUCAUGCCAGUGCCGAAACAUUAAAUACAUCGGAGAGAUGCCCCAUUUGUCUUAAUUUUCUCACCAUAGAAGUUGGUUUCCCAGAAGAUUGUUGCCAUGCAUUUUGUGUUUCCUGCAUUCUUAAAUGGUCUGAAACAUCUACUUCUUGUCCUGUUGAUCGUAAACCAUUUCAAGCUAUUUAUACAACAGACCCAAUUGGUUCAUGGACUAAGAUCAGUGUAAAGGAAAGAAGACCAAUUGAAAACUGGAGUUGCACUUGUGAUCAGACGUUAACAUACUGUACAAAAGGGAAGCUUUGUUUCAGAAUUGGUGAGGUUGCAGAGGAAACAAGUGAGAUUGAAGCUCCACAUAAGGACAAAAAAUUUAUGGACUAUAAAGAAAAGCCGGAGAUGGAGAUUAUGAGCCUGAACUGCCCCGAAUGUUUUACUGGAGACGUUGCUACCUGUCCUUUCAACCUCUCUGAUACAACAGCUUGUUUUAACAGGGCAGAACCGGAGGAAAGUGAGUUAUAUUUGAUACGGCGUAAAAGGGAAGCGCUGAAGCACUUGAGGAUUCCACUGACUGCUGAAGGAAUUAAAUGCAAUUCCACUCUGCCUGCAGAAAUACUUAUCGAUCCACCAUCAUCUUUGGAUGAAUGUAUCUUUUCAUUAAGCCCGAUUUCAUUUAGGAGCAACGAUUAUUCACACAGAAUGUGUGCUCAUACUGGUGCGCAAGAAGGCACUGAAAAAAAGCAAGCUGCUUCCGGCACUUCAACUAGCAGAGGAACUAGAAAAAAAUCUGUACAAUCCAGCACACGACGAAGAUCCACACGUAAUAGCAAAUCUGAAACACACAAUGUCCAGAGCUCACCAAAAUCUAGUAGCUCUGAUCACGAUACACCUGGUUAUAAUACUACGACUACUACUACAAACACUUCCUCAUCGGAACACUCUGGUAAGCAGCCUGCGAAACAACGGAAAAAAGCUCCAAAAAAGGGUUCUCAAACUAGAAAAAGACUCCGCUCAGCAACGCAGCCUCAAGAGGAUUCUAAAAAUGAUAAAGACAAUUCCGAAAGUGAGCAAGAAAAGAAAUGUAAAAUGUCAGAAGAUGACUUGCCAGAAACAGAACUAUAUGAAAUCAAUCAGUCUCCCAACAGUAGUAAUGAAAAAGAAAGCAAACAUGCAGAUAUUUCUUCUCCUCUUAAACAUUCUGAGGAGGAACAUGAGCUAGAAUUAUCACCUGCACACAAUGUGCAGUCUGUUGAUAAGGAAAGGUCGUCUAGUCCUGAUUUGCAUAACAAACAUGAAUUACAUAUGGAACACUCAUCUCCUUCACCAGUCUUUAAAAACGGUCAGACUGAUCUGGAGGACAGUCAGACAGAUUUCCCAAAAUCUGUAAGUGAGCCAGAUGGAUUGGGUUCAGCUGAAACAAAGAUGAAUGAAGAAAAACAUUCUUUGGAUUCUAAGAAUCUUAAUGUUUCCGAUGAAGAAAAUUCUUCCUCUUCUCUAGGGUCUGCAAAACACAUCAUUUCUGAUCAUACAGACUCUCCACCUUUAUGUGAUAAAGUAAAGGAGGUUGAUGUUGAAAAAUCUGUAUCUUUGCCUUCUCCUUGCUCGGAAAGUAAAGCUACUAGAAAAAAUUUGCAGGACUUGUCGUCAUCUGAAGAAACUGACAUUGAUGCAGAGAACCAGAACCAAUUGCACACUGGUCAAGUAGAUUCUCAGUCAAAUGAAAGUAAUUUUGAAACCAAGGAAUCAAGUUCCCCACAGUCUACACCUCCACUUGAAUUGGAAAAACAGCAUGAUUUGGACUAUACUCCAACUUCUCCAGAUGCUUUGAAAGAAAAAGGUAUCCAGCAACUUGGGCUUCAUGAUUCUUUAAAAACCAUGCAAAGGCAAGAUGAGCAAGAAAAAGUUUUAGAAGUGAACUUGGAGACAGUAAAACCAGAAGAGUGCAAUGUAGAGCAAGAUAUUAAAACAAGUUCUUCUGAAUUAGACCAUAAACUUGACUCGGAUUGUCCCAAAAACUCUCCUUUAUUAACAGAGUCUUUAGUAUCAUCAAAAAACUCAAGUGCUGAUGGAUUAUCUGACCUUGCAGAAAUUCAAAGUAAUAAAUUAUGUAAAGAAGAUAUAGAGAAUUCUCUUUUAGGGGAUGGUAAAUUACAAGAUACAAAUGAAAAAACGGAUUUAAAAAAUGACCAUCCAAAGGCUUUUUGUGAAGAUAACACUGAAUCUGUAGCAAUGGAAUGUGAUUCAGCUUGUAGUGAUCAUAAUGAUUCAGAGGUUGAGCAAUCAAUGGACAUUACUGAAUCUACCAAAACUGAAUCUGAUACUUUAACUGUAAACAAGGUUCCUGAAUCUCCUCCAAAGCAGUCUUUACCUCCUGAUGACACACAGAAGAAAGAAUCACGAACAAGAAGAUCUAGAUUUCAUUCCCCAUCAACAACCUGGUCACCUAGUAAAAAUGAUGUUAAAGAAAGACCAAGAUCUCGUUCACGCUCUAAAGUUAGAGAGACUCCCAUCAAACUUAAAUCUAGAUCGCGUAGUAGAGAAAAGGAAGCCGAGCGCAGUCAGGGUAGUCAAUGGAAAGGUAGGAGUAGAGACAGACACAAUAGGAGACAUUCGAGAUCUAGGAGCAGACAUUCCAGAUCAAGAAGCAAACAUUCAAGAUCUAGAAGUAGGCAUUCUAGAUCUAAAAGCAGAUCAAGGUCUGGAUCUCGUACAAGAUACAGAAAUAAAAGUAUUACAACUGAUAGAAAUGAAAAAGAGAUUAGCUCUCCACCAUGGAAAGAAAGACGUUCAAAUGAAAAUUGGAAAAGUCCUCGGGGAAGUGAAAAAUUUAGAAGAAAUGAACAUGACAGGAAUGACAAUUUCAGAAAUGAAAUUCAUGAUGCAAGGGAUUCAGCUGAAGCAUUUCCUGACAAUAAAAAUGACUACCCUGAUUGGGUAAUGGAAAAGAUGAAAUCUGAAGAAAGAGGAAGAGGUGAUACCUGGAUGAGGGGAGAAGGCAGAGGAAGGGGGGACCGAGGGUGGGGUGAUUCCAGAGGAAGAGGAGACAGAGCCAGAGGAAGGGGUGAUUUUUGGGGAAGAGGAGAGAAUCGAGGCAGGGGUGACAGAGGAAGAGGUAAUCGAGGAAGAGGUUUCCAUUGGGAGGAUGGCCAGUAUGGGUCAGGCGAUCCAUGGAACAGAAAUGUAAAUAUGGACUGGAACUCUCCUAGAAGUCGUGGUGGACGUGGGAGAGGAGGGUUUAGAGGUGGCAUUAAUUAUGGAGACCAAAAUGAGAAUUGGAACAAUAGACAGCCCUACUCAGGAAAUUCUAAUACUCCAGGGCAAGAGUCUUCAAGGUUCCCAGAAAGUAAAAACAAACCUAAAUAUGAUGAUUCAUUUGAUUCACCUGCUGAUCGAUCUGGGUGGUCUUCUGCUUCAAGUUGGGCUGUUAGAAAAACCCUUCCUGCUGAUGUGCAAAAUUACUACUCGAAAAGGGGAAGAAUCGCCACAGGCUCCCAAGGAAUAUGGCCGAAACCAGAAGAGUCUCAGGAUCAAGAUCAAGCGACUAAAGAUCAACCAAGUCAACAAACUGAAACUACACCAGUCCCUGUAAAUAUGGUGCAUACUCAAAUGAAUGUUGUGCAGCAACAAAUUGCUCCACCUCCUCCUCAGCCAAUUAAUAUGUUUCCCUAUUCAGUGGGUGUCCAUCCUCCCAUGGUCAACAUCCAACACAAUCCUUAUAAUCUUCAUCCACAACUUCCUAUUCAUCUCCACCCAGCACUACCUCUAGUUCAGGUGUCUGCACCAUCUAGUGUACCUCAGGGAUUACCACCACCACCUCCACCUCCUCCUCCAUCACAGCAAAUCAGUUACAUUGCGCCACAGCAAGAUGGAAAACCACUGCAGGGUAAUCCUGGUGCUCCAUAUGUAAGUAAUAAUGUAAGCGCACCGCUCUUGCCUGCUCCAGCAGCAGCCCAAGGAACAGUUGGGGUCAUCCUAGGAACAGUAUCUGGCAGUGUGGCAGCAUCAGGUCACAGCAAAAACUUACAUGCUCCUGUUAAGUCAGCUCCUCGGAAGGAAAGUGUAACUGUGGAAGCCAGUGCAGAUAGCUCCAAAAAGGAAAAGAAAAUACUAAUUCAGGAGAGAGCAGCACAAGAGGUUAAAGGGGCUAUAAAACAGUACUAUCAAAAUAAAGACAUCACAAAGGACGAAUAUAAAGAGAUUGUGAAAAAAGCAGUGGACAAGGUUUGUCACAGUAAAAGUGGAGAAGUCGAUUCAGCUAAAGUGGCAAAUCUUGUAAAAGCAUAUGUGGAUAAGUAUAAACACUCUCGCAAAAAGGGGACAGACGACAACCUGUGAAUCCCAGGCCAUCACUGGAAUGACAAAGGGCAGCAACAGUAACUGUCCAAGUGCAAUUUCAGUGUCUCCACAACAAUGGUCACAACUGUGAUUGGAACUGGGUUUUGAUAAUUUUUCAACAUAGAAACCUUUUGAUUUAGAGCUCAACACCCCCUCCCUGUGAAAGACUUAUUAAAUUUUUGUUUUUUAGGGUGAACAUAUGAAUAAUAAUGUACAGCGUUUUGAAUCUCCUCAAUGAUGUGUGUAAUAUUAGAGAUGUUAAUCUCAAUACUUGGCUAUCAGCUGGCUAUUGUGUGUACAGUACAUGUAAUCUGUUGGUUAAGAAGUCUGAUCAUAAGAAUCUUUGAUUGUGUUUUCUUCUAAUAGUGAGAUGUUUUUCUUGGCUCCUUUAUAGUCUAACUGGACACGCUGAUCUUUGUGUACCCAAUGUAUGCAGGUGUCUGUACCUUGAUAUAGAAUCUGUUUAGAAAUAAACUUUCAGAAUAACAAAAUAUGCCUAUUGAAAAAUAUUAUGUCCGGCAAAUAUAUAUAUUUUUAAGAUGGACAUGAAAACUAUGGAAACACCAAAUAAAUAAAUAUGCUGCUU